AUGAUAUAUCGCAGUUGUAAAGCCCCUCUGGUACUCGGCAUUUACAAGGAGGCCCAUCUUGCUAUCAGUUUCAAUAUGGCUUUCGUCUGUCUUAUUCAUGUGCGCAUUUCUCUUCGUUUAUGUUUAGACCGACAUCAAUGGACCUCAUUGCUAUGCAGACUAGGAAGCCGUUUUUAACAAUGCGAAUCUGAGUCCGAGAAUAUUCUAUUCCGCAGUUGCUGUUCCGCUUUAUAUUUUACCUCUUUCUGUCAUUGCUGUCUCGUCGGCGAUCAUUACGAGGAAGUUGAAAGACCAGAAAAUACCAUUUUGUGCAUUUCACCAUACCACAAGAGAGGCGAACUUUAAAAAACGAAAUCGCUACAUCAUGCGGUUGCUUUUGGCCAUCGUUAUACUUUUUGCAGUUUGUUGGCUUCCUGUUCAUUUGUUACACUUUUUAAUAUUUUUCUAUGAAGAAAUUUACUUGGCAUUGCCACAGUCUGUUCCGCUGUUCUUAUUUUGGGUCUCACACGCCAACAGUGCACUCGAUCCCUGCGUGGUAAUCCUUCUAAAUGGCUCGUUUCGUAAGACGUUAAUGGAUUUGAUUAGAAGUCUAAGCUGUCGCCUACGCUUCAAGUCAAACCGCGUGAAUUGCGUAAGUUAUGAGCUUUUCCAGCCAUUUGAUACAAGACUAAGACAUCAG